GUUUCACUUGAAGAAUGGAUGAUGAUGAUUUUGGUGGUUUUGAGGCUGCUGAGACUUUUGAUAGUGGAAAUGGUGAAACCCAAACCACAUCUCCUGCUAUUCCAUGGGCUGCAUUUCCUACAGGAAAAAAUGCAAUUGCCAUUGUGAGCUGCCUUCCAGAAUUUAUGGUAGAGCUUCACUGACGUUACUACCGAUGCCAGUGUGGAAUAAAGUUUCUGGAGUCCAUCUCUCCCCAGUUUCUCCUGAGAUUGUGCUGGACCACGAACACUCUUCGCCUUCUGUUUGCUGCCUCUCUUCUGAUCCCAUUGUUUCAUCACCAGAGAAUACACAUUCAGACAGCAGCAUUGUUAGUCAAACUAUUCCAAAAGCACAGAUUCAACAAUCAACACACACUCAUUUGGAUAUCUCACUUUUUCCAUUGGGUUUAACUGAUGAGAAAAAUAAUGGAACAAUUGCACUUGUGGGUGAUUCUGAGGAUCCUCGAGCCAAUGUAUCCGACACAGAGCUUCAGCAAAAAAUGGCAAGUCUGGAGAUUAAACUGAAAGUUUCUGAAGAAGAAAAACAGAGAAUUAAAAAGGAUGUUGAAGCAUUGAUGGACAAGCAUAGUACCAUAGAAAAAGGCUUUCUAAAAGAAAAAGAGCAAGAGGCCAUUUCUUUUCAAGAUAGAUACAGAGAACUUCAGGAAAAACAUAAACAAGAAUUGGAAGAUAUGAGGAAAGCUGGCCACGAAGCCCUCAGCAUUAUUGUGGAUGAAUAUAAGGCACUACUGCAGUCUUCAGUUAAACAACAAGUAGAAGCUAUUGAAAAACAGUACAUUUCUGCAAUUGAGAAACAAGCACACAAGUGUGAGGAGCUGUUAAGUGCUCAGCAUCAGAGGCUACUUGAAAUACUAGACACAGAAAAGGAACUGCUGAAAGAAAAAAUAAAGGAAGCUUUGAUUGAGCAAUCUCAAGAACAGAAGGAAAUAUUAGAAAAAUGUUUGGAGGAAGAAAGGCAACAAAAUAAAGAAGCACUAAGAGCUGCUGCAAAGCUUGAGAAAGAAGCAAUGCAGGAUGCAAUUUUGAAAGCCAUAGAAGAAGAAAGAAAAAAUUUAGAAAAAGCUCAUGCUGAAGAAAGGGAAUUAUGGAAGAAUGAACAUGCAAAAGAUCAAGAAAAAGUAACACAAGAAAUUCAAAAAGCUAUACAAGAACAAAGAAAAAUAAGUCAGGAAACUGUUAAGGCAGCAAUAAUAGAAGAGCAGAAGCGAAGUGAAAAGGCUGUGGAAGAGGCAGUGAAAAAAACAAGAGAUGAAUUGAUAGAGUAUAUAAAAGAACAGAAGAGGCUUGAUCAAGUUAUCCGCCAGCGAAGCCUGUCCAGUUUGGAACUGUUCCUGUCCUGUGCCCAGAAACAGUUAAGUGCUUUAAUAGCUACAGAACCAGUUGAUAUUGAAUAAAGAGAACAUGACAA